CCAUGUCAGUUUCCACAUAGUCUUAAUGAUUAUUCCAUGUCCCUUAACCUUUGUUCAUGUUAUUGUUUGCUUUCUGUUCAGGGACCCUAAGGAAGUUAUUUAUCUUUGUGCAUUUUCUUAACAGUUUGUUUCUUACGGUCUUAGUGGUGUAAUUGGAUUUGUUUCUUUUGCAUUAGGAGGACUGUGACAGAUAAUCAAAGAAGUCUGGGGGGCGCCUGGGUGGCUCAGUCAGUUGAGCGUCCAACUUUGGCUCAGGUCAUGAUCUCACGGUUCGUGAGUUCGGGCCCCGCAUCGGGCUCUCUCUGUGCUGACAGCUCAGAGCCUGGAGCCUGCUUCCAGUUCUGUGUCUCCCUCUCUCUCUGCCCCUCCCCCCCACACGCUUUGUCUCUCUCUGUCUCUCAAAAAUAAAGAAAACUAAUAAAAAAUAAAAAAAACCCAAAGAAGUCUAGGAAAUGUCAGUUUUAGCUUUCCACUAAACUAGGGGAGAGUUAGAGUAGAUUAAUUUUUUGUCACCAUUCUCAGCUUUGUCUCUGCUCUUUAUUUCUUACCCUUAGUAUAUUCACCAGAUUUCCUGAGUAGGCUUUUUUUUUUUUUUUUUUUUUUUUGUUAAAACCCAUGUGUCUUUGUAAACCCCCUAGUCUUUCUGAGCCUUGCUAUACUUAUCUCCAGUAUGAGGGAACUUAGACUAGAUGAUCUCUCUAAGUUCCCUUUCAGCUGUAAACUUCUGUUUAUGUUCAUUUAUUUAUUCCUUCAUUGAAAAAUGUUUAUUGAAUACCUGUUAUUUGAUAUGUAUACUCUGCACUAUAAGAUUAUCUACUCUCCAGUAAUAAAAUAAUACAUGUUCUUCAGUAUCCAGGUUAUGUACUGCUUCAUUUGUAAAGUUUUACCUGAAACUGUAGCCUACGUUAUGUUGUCUUGCCCCACAAAUUCUUUUAGGACCUAGUGAACAAUGUAGACAUAGGUUAACCUGUGUUUUGCUUAGUGUUUUGAUUGUUGUCAUUACUUAAUGUAAUUGCAGACACCUUGGAGAGUAAUACUUCUUUUAUAAUUGAUAACGGUUGUCGGUUGUCACUUAGUCGUAAUAAUCAUGACGGUAACUAACAUUUAUAAACACUAACUUGAGACGAACGUUGUUUUAAAUGCUUUAUAUAUACAUCCAUUCCUUUUACUCUUACAAAAUGUUUGUGAAAUGGGAGCUCGUUUCAUGUCCAUUUUUACAAAUGAGGUAAGGUACACAAAGGUUAAGUAAAUUUCCUUGAGGUUAUACUGCUGGUAAGUGAAGAAUUUCUGCAGUCAGACUUCAAAAACCCAUUUGCUUAUAAUGCGUAAUUACUGUAUGCUUGCUGAAUGAAUGGAUGUUUUCAUCUUUAAUAUAUAAUUGGUUACAGCUUUGGUAUCUAUUUUGCACUUUGGAUAAAAGACUGAAGAUAUUUCACUUCCGGGAGGAUACUUUUCAAACAAGGACAAAUUACUUUCUUAGUAACUAAUUAUGAGUGAUACAGUUAAUAGUAUUCAAAUUGUAUACUUAUACCUUGAGGGAUUUUUGGAUAAUGUAUCCUUUUCAGAGAAAGUGUGAGACAUGCAUAAUACUUGCAGAUGAAUUUUGAUUUGUGUUAAGUAUCUUGAUUAUUACUUGUUACUUAUUUUCAGUUGAGUGGUGAUUUUAUGCAAUGGCUUCAAGCCACAGUUCUUCACCAGUGCCUCAAGGAAGCAGCAGAGAUGUUUUCUUUAAAAAAGAGGUAGAUCCAACAAAACACAUUCGACCUGUGCAGUCACUGCCAGAUGUAUGUCCCAAGGAGCCCACAGUUACAGAUCAACAUAGAUGGACUAUAUAUCAUUCCAAAGUAAACCUCCCAGCAGCAUUAAAUGAUCCUAGAUUAGCAAAAAGAGAAUCUGACUUCUUCACAAAAACAUGGGGAUUGGACUUUGUGGACACUGAAGUCAUACCUUCAUUCUACCUCCCACAGAUCAGCAAGGAACAUUUUACAGUGUAUCAACAGGAAAUCUCUCAGAAAGAGAAGACUCAUGAGAGAUGCAAGAAUAUUUGUCCUCCUAAAGAUACUUUUGACAGGACUCUCUUACAUACUCAUGAUAAAUCCAGGACAGAUCUGGAGCAAGUACCUAAGAUUUUUAUGAAACCAGAUUUUGCCUUGGACGAUUCCUUAACUUUUAAUUCAGUUUUACCAUGGUCUCAUUUUAAUACUGCUGGUGGAAAAGGAAAUCGUGAUGCAGCUUCCUCAAAGUUGCUACAAGAAAAGCUGAGCCAUUAUCUGGAUAUUGUGGAAGUAAACAUUGCUCACCAGAUCUCUCUACGUUCAGAAGCAUUUUUUCAUGCUAUGACCUCUCAACACGAAUUGCAGGACUACCUCAAGAAAACUUCCCAGGCUGUAAAAAUGCUUCGAGAUAAAAUUGCACAGAUUGAUAAAGUAAUGUGUGAAGGAUCACUACACAUUUUAAGACUGGCACUUACCAGAAAUAAUUGUGUUAAAGUGUACAAUAAACUCAAGUUAAUGGCCACUGUACACCAAACUCAGCCUACAGUACAGGUGUUGUUAUCCACUUCUGAAUUUGUUGGAGCAUUGGACUUAAUAGCAACAACACAAGAGGUUCUACAGCAGGAACUUCAGGGCAUUCACAGCUUCCGGCAUUUGGGAUCACAACUUUGUGAAUUGGAAAAACUGAUAGAUAAAAUGAUGAUUGCAGAGUUUUCUACUUAUUCUCAUAGUGACUUAAACAGACCACUGGAUGAUGACUGUCAAAUUUUAGAAGAGGAAAGACUUGUAUCUCUUGUAUUUGGACUUUUAAAACAAAGAAAACUUAAUUUUUUAGAAAUCUAUAGUGAAGAAAUGAUUAUUACAGCAAAGAAUAUCAUUAAACAGUGUGUGAUUAAUAAAGUUUCACAAAUAGAAGAAAUUGACACAGAUGUUAUUGUGAAGCUUGCAGAUCAGAUGAGAAUGUUGAAUUUUCCUCAGUGGUUUGAUCUGCUGAAGGACAUUUUCUCUAAGUUUACAAUUUUCCUACAAAGAGUUAAGGCAACGUUAAAUAUCAUUCACAGCGUUGUUCUCUCAGUUCUUGACAAAAACCGAAGGACCAGGGAAUUGGAAGAGAUUUCACAACAGAAGAAUGCUGCAAAAGACAAUUCACUGGACACAGAAGUGGCUUAUUUAAUCCAUGAAGGCUUGUUUAUAAGUGAUGCAUUCAAUGAGGGUGAAUUAACACCUAUAGCAAUCGACACUACCUCUCAAAGAAAUGCAUCUCCAAAUAGUGAGCCCUGCAGCAGUGAUUCGGUAUCCGAACCAGAAUGUACUACUGAUUCUUCAUCCAGCAAAGAGCAGACAUCAUCAUCUGCUACUCCAGGAGGUGUGGAUAUGAUGGUCAAUGAAGACAUGAAAUUAACUGAUUUAGAGCUAGAAAAACUGGCAAAUAAUAUCCAGGAGUUAUUGUAUAGUGCCUCAGAUAUAUGCCAUGAUCGAGCCGUCAAGUUUCUCAUGUCAAGAGCAAAGGAUGGUUUUCUUGAGAAGCUAAAUUCCACGGAAUUCAUAACACUUUCUAGAUUAAUGGAAACAUUCAUUUUAGAUACUGAACACAUCUGUGGAAGAAAAAGCAUGUCAUUACUUGGAGCACUUCAGAGCCAAGCUAAUAAAUUUGUAAACAGGUUUCAUGAAGAGAGAAAAACUAAGCUGAGCCUCCUCUUAGACAAUGAGCGCUGGAAGCAAGCUGAUGUUCCUGCAGAAUUUCAGGAUCUUGUUGAUUCUAUAUCAGAUGGAAAGAUUGCUUUACCUGAAAAAAAGUCAGGGGUUACGGAAGAAAGAAAACCAGCUGAAGUUCUCAUUGUAGAGGGACAACAAUAUGCUGUCGUUGGAACUGUAUUGCUGUUGAUAAGAAUUAUCCUUGAAUAUUGCCAGUGUGUGGAUAAUAUCCCAUCUGUUACUACUGACAUGCUUACUCGUCUGUCAGAUUUAUUGAAGUACUUCAAUUCAAGAAGUUGCCAGUUAGUUCUUGGAGCUGGUGCACUGCAAGUUGUUGGAUUAAAAACAAUAACUACAAAAAAUUUGGCUCUAUCUUCACGUUGUUUGCAAUUAAUUGUGCACUACAUUCCUGUGAUCCGGGCUCAUUUUGAAGCUCGACUACAGCCUAAGCAGUAUAGCAUGCUUAGGCAUUUUGAUCAUAUCACUAAGGACUACCAUGACCACAUCGCUGAAAUAUCAGCUAAGCUUGUAGCGAUAAUGGAUAGCUUAUUUGACAAGCUGUUAUCCAAGUAUGAGGUGAAAGCUCCCGUUCCUUCUGCCUGUUUCAGGAAUAUUUGUAAGCAAAUGGCAAAAAUGCAUGAAGCUAUAUUUGAUCUUCUUCCAGAAGAACAAACACAAAUGUUAUUUUUAAGAAUUAAUGCAAGUUAUAAACUCCACUUGAAAAAACAGUUAUCUCAUUUAAAUGUGAUAAAUGAUGGAGGACCUCAAAAUGGGUUGGUCACAGCAGAUGUAGCUUUUUACACUGGAAAUCUUCAAGCCUUAAAAGGCCUUAAAGAUUUGGACCUAAAUAUGUCCGAGAUCUGGGAACAGAAGAGGUGAUGACAUACUGGAAAACUGGGUAGCUCAUCUGACCAUGGGAUGUGUAUGUUUGUGAAGAAAAUAUGGAUGCCUGUGAUUCAAGAACUGAACCUGGAACCCAGAGUGAACGGGAUAGGGGAAGGGGGAAAGGAAAGUAUCAGUGUUGGGAAACUGGGAUUCAGUGGGAUCUACAAGGAAUGCCAUUUUUAUGCUUCCUUCAGUGAGGAGUAACUGAUCAGGUGUCUAUAACAUUUUUCAUUCUCUCUGGAAACAGACUCAGGUUUCUUUGGACCAAAUCCAAAAGAACACAUAGCUGUAACACAGCUGUAGUUGACUAGAAUGCUCUGUAUACUUUAUAUUAAAAAAUGCUUUGCAUUUCUUCCAGUGCAAUGAAAUUCAUAUGGUGUCCCACCUUAUUUAAUGAUGGUACAAUUUAAAAUAUUAAAAUCUUAGUCAACCUCUGUAGAAAGUUUUCUCUAUGAAAGUAAAGCUGUUUGAAAAAUUAUUUUUUUACACAGAUCUUUCUAUGAAAAAUAAACAUCUUUUGAUUGCUUGGAUUUAGGAACUCAAUUUUUGUUUUAGUGACCAAUGUCAAGUUUCAGGCCUCGUGUGUCACGUAUUUAAUCUUUCUACCACCACUGUAUGUCAUCUGAGUAAAGCCUUCCAGAAUAGUCUAAAUACUUGAAAGUCUGAUCACAGUAAUAAUUAAAGAAAAAGAUAUUGACAUUUAUUUAUGCAACUACUAAUUUAAAUACUUUUCAGAAGGGGUAUGUGAAAGGCUGCAGUUUAAUAGCUGUAUUUUUAUACAAGUAUCUAUGAAGGGUUGGUUUGUGGGUUUUUUUGCCUUUUUAUUUCUAGUAAAUGGUUAGAAUACAUUUUCAUAUAUUCUGCGUAUUUAUGAGUUCUCAUUUUAACAUUUAGAUAACAGAUGAAGUAUGGCCCCCUUGGGUUUUUGUUUUUAAGUUACUUUCGACAUGUAUAUGAACAAAGACCAGGGAGAAAUGGAACUUUUAAAAUAUAGGCUGCUGUUCUGCGGCCAGAAAUAAGGUGAUGAGUAACUUAUUUAAAGAUUUUAUAAUACCUACCUUCAAAAUUAGAAUCAGCAGCACUCCACAAAUGAAAGUGCCUGUGCCUCACCUCACACCGGGAGUCUUGCCUAACCCCGUCAGAGUGCCUAAUCUUGUUGUGAUUAUGUACAAUGAAAUAAUAGUCUUAUUUUGUGCUCUUCCAUUUCCUAAAAGGAAAGCCUGUUUUCUUUAUCAUUACUAAGGUAUGUCAUUGGUUCUUAAACUGUCUAAAAUAAAGCUGUAAAAAAUUA